AUGGAUCCCGAAGCAUCCGAAUCAUUUCCGGCUCAGAAUCAUCACCAGUUUGUCCUAUCUUCGGGAGCCUCGGCGCACAAAUGGCAGUGUGGCUCCCCUCGGGCGAUAUUGAUCCUACAACACGGAUUUGGAGAAUAUGCUGAGCGCUACAUCGUCUCCCAUUCCCAGCUCAUACCGAAACUGAACACAGCGAGAUUCGAGGUCUGGGCACUCGAUCUCUGGGGCCAUGGAACAUCUCCAGGGGAUCGCAGCAUCGUCGACGUGGAAAUGGCGGUAAAGGAUCACCUCGAGAUGCGAAGCCGAGCUGAUUCGCGAGGAUUACCUGUUUUUCUCUUCGGACACUCUCUUGGGGGCCUCAUUACCGCCGCGAGUGUGGCAGAAACCUCUUCAUAUCGCACAAACGGAGUUAUUCUCUCAAGCCCGGCUCUAACGGAGGGUCUGCCGUUGCCUGUCGAGUAUCUGGUUCAUCUUCUGGCUUACUUUAUGCCCGCUACGCAAAUCCCCACGCCCAAGGCUUCUGCAGACGACUUGUGCAGUGACCUCGAACAAGCACGUCUAGCUGCCGAAGAUGAAUCCAAGUACAAAGGCCAAAUUUCGUUCCUGGUCGCAUCCAGCGCUCUGCGAGUGGCAAGGAGACUAUGGGCAAGGUGUGACCAAUGGACUCAGCCAACGCUCGUCACCCACGGCACCAGCGAUUCGCACGCCGAGUUUAGGCUAAGUGAACGCCUAGUACGGGAUAUCGCAUCGACGGACAAGACUUUUCACCCUGUGGAAGGGGGAUAUCACGAACUUCUGAACGAGGAGAGGCCCGAAGAGAUUAUCAAGCUCUUGUUUGACUGGUUGGAGAGUCACAUGUAA